AUGUCCGUCUCCGACAUCGUCGCGAUAUCACGUUCAUCAUCUCUUGCGGCAAGGGAGUCGAUUGCCCGAGAACUCUUCGCAAGACCAUCGCAGACGAGUCUUUUUGCCCGAGUGACUUGUCACCCGCCGCUGGCCGAAGUAACGUGUAUCAGGCGGUCAUGCCAGUCGUCGAGAUCCACCGACGAAGACAAGAUUCGUUUCACGGUAGUCCUUUUCUCAAGCACAUCGUUUCCUGAACAGGAUUGGGAAGUCGAAAUUUGGCAUAACAUCUGGGAUAGUACUCAAUGGGGGGCUCUACCUCUAGCAAAAUGCGACCCUGAAAACAGUUGCACCAUAAUUGGCGAUCAUCAUGUGAGACAUGGCUUUUAUCAUUAUACAUUUUCCUCCGAAAUCGACCUUCCCACGCAAGCAGGAAAGGCGAGCUUCACCCUCAGAUACAAAUCAAGUUGUGAUGCAGAUUGGCAUUGGGCAAGCCAGAGAAAAUUUAUAAAAGAUGGUGAUUUAGUCUGGGGCCCUAAGUAUCGGGUCUUAAAGUCAAUUUCACUCCCCACAGACUCUAAUUCUGCGCCUCAGAUAUCGCCUAGGGAUGAAUUCACCGACUAUAUAGAGAAUUUAUCAACUGAAGUUGAUAUUCAGUCACGAAAAAGUGAAGCCCCGGGUGCCCUUCUUUGGAGCAUCACUGGGAACGUUACCUCUGCAAAGGGGGAUUAUCAGGAAGAAGUACGAUUGCGCUUGGACUCCCAAAGCUGUACAUGCGCCAUCUGUGUUUGGUUAACCGAGGACGCAAUUCUAUGUUCUUUCCUCCGAUCUGACGGCCUCAACUUGAUGUUAUUUGCCGUCUCGGGCGUAAAUAACGUCCUGACAACACUCCGAUCUAGCGAUAUGGAAGAAAUUGUGGUUGACGCCAGAAACGACAACGUCACUGAUGCAAAGUUCCAGGUGCUUGCGUCUGUUGGAGAGGACUUUGAAGUAUGUAUGUCUGCUUUAAUAUACGAAGCUCGGAAAGUUGUCCGGGAUUUCAUCACCGACAUUCCACUCCCAGUUGUAUCAGAUAUACCGAAGGAACCAGAUUCUCCUAUUGGUGAUGAUAUUGUUGUAGUAGAUAAAGAUGUUCGCACACAAUGGCUCGCUGAUUGGUACGAAGGCCUUACAUACUGUACAUGGAACGGUAUUGGCCCCAAGUUGAGUGAGGACAAAAUACUCCACGCGCUUGAUUCUCUGAAGGCGAAUGGAAUCAAAGUUUCUAAUUUGAUCAUCGAUGAUAACUGGCAAUCUAUUGACAAUCAAGGCGAAACCCAGUGGCGACGUGGCUGGAUGAACUUUGAGGCAAGUACAGAAGGAUUUCCAUCAGGGCUUCGGCACGCCGCUACUAGAAUACGAAAAGAGCACCCAGACAUCGAACAUAUCGGGGUUUGGCACGCACUGAUGGGCUACUGGGGAGGCAUCUCUCCGGAGGGAGAGUUAGCCAAAAAGUAUAAGACGAAAGAAGUUAGGACGAAUGACCCUGUUGCUGGUGGCACAAUGCUGGCAAUUGAUCCUGAUGAUAUCAACCGAUUCUACGGAGAUUUUUACGAAUUUUUGACUUCAUGUGGUAUCGACGCUAUCAAGACUGAUGCACAAUUUUUCCUUGACUCAUUAGACAAUGCAGAAUAUCGAAGGUGCUUCAUCUCAUCUUACCAGGAUGCGUGGUCCAUUGCUUCCUUGCGAUACUUCAGCACCCGUGCCAUCUCAUGCAUGUCAAUGACACCACAGCAUAUUUUUCAUUCGCAAAUACCUACAAAUAAACCUAGCAUUCUGCUGCGGAACUCUGACGACUUCUUCCCUGAUGUGGUGGAUUCACAUCCAUGGCAUGUAUUUUGUAAUGCACACAACGCCUUGUUGACCGCGCAUCUGAACGUGAUUCCAGACUGGGACAUGUUUCAGACCGAUCAUCCUUAUGGAUCUUUUCACGCUGCAGCUCGAUGUGUUUCUGGAGGUCCAAUAUACAUCACUGACAAGCCUGGUGAACACAAUGUAGAACUUAUUCACCAAAUCACAGCGCCCACGACACGAGGAACCACUACAAUUCUUCGUCCAAGUGUACCUGGCCGCACUUUAGAUGUCUAUCAUAAUUACAAUGAGGGAAACAUACUGCGUAUUGGGACAUACAGCGGUUGGGCUCGUACGGGUAGUGGCAUUCUUGGCCUGUUCAACAUCAGUCCCGCAGAUACAUCGUCGAUAGUUCCCCUGACGUCUUUUCCCGGAGUUGAAGCCUCGUCCUCCAGCAAUAGCUAUGACCGAUACAUCAUUCGUUCAUUUACGACGGGGAUGAUUAGUGAAGUGAUGACUCCAUCUGGGCCUCAUGCGAUGGUAUCACUGUCUUUCGCGCCGAAAGGCUGGGAGAUAUUAACGGCGUAUCCGGUCCGCUCCUUUACUCUUGAAGGGAGCCGCGGGUGCACUGCAGCCUCAUCGAUGAUUUCUUCUAUGACUCAUGUCGUUGUACUAGGUUUGCUCGGCAAGAUGACCGGGGUCGCAGCUUUGGUGAACUCUGAUGUAUGUGUUAUCGGAAAUGGCCGGCUGCGGUUUGACAUCAGCCUCAAGGCUCUUGGAGUGCUUGGUAUCUAUCAUUCUGGACUGGACAGUAGAGAUAUUGACGAGCAUGUCAUGGUCAUGGUUUCAGGGUUAGCAGUGCCUCGACGGACAGUCUGGAAAGACGGAGAUAAGGUGCUCGCAAUAGACGUCCUUCAUGCAUGGACUUCUCUGGGACUGGAUGCGGGUUGGAGCAAUGAAGUGCGCGUGCAGGUUUUCAUCAAUUAG